UGCUUACAUUGGGAUACCAUAUCCAUUUUCCAUACUCUGGUCAAGCACUGAGCAGUGCUCAACAAAAUAUAAUUACAAGCACAACAAAAAUGGCGUCCUUCAUAACCAAAGCUUGCCUCUUCCCACCAACGUCCACCGCUUUCCCUAACAUUAACUUCAAUAACACCAACUCACACAAAGUUGACGCAAAUUUCAUAAAACGCGCCGUUGAAUUGGCGGAUAAAUCCGCCGGAAUCUCAGCACCGCAUCCUAAUUUCGGAUGCGUAAUAAUUGAAGCCGGAAGAAUCGUCGGAGAAGCUUAUCUUCAUGCCGAAGGAGCUACUCCGGCAGAAGUUCAGGCAGUUAAAGCCGGUCGAGAAUGGUGUCGAGGUGCCACGGCUUAUCUUAACAUGGAGCCUGCUUAUAUUCAUGGCGAUCAUACUGCAGUUUCUGCUCUUAUUCAGGCAAGGAUAAAGAGAGUGGUGAUUGGAAUUAGAAAUCCUUUAGAACAUAUGAAGGGCAAGGCGAUUCAAGCUCUUCGAAGUGAAGGUAUACACGUUGAUGUGCUUGGAGAAGAUUUACAUGGUGAUAUGGUCGAGAAAGCUUUAAAAUCUUGCCUAGAGGUGAAUGCUCCUUUGAUUGUCAGGGCUACUUCCAAAAUCCCAUACUCAGUUCUCAAAUAUGCCAUGACCCUUGAUGGGAAAAUAGCCACGAAUAAAGGGGAUUCGAAAUGGGUAAGCAGCAACAUAUCAAGAGAUCGAGUUUUUCAAUUAAGGGCUCGAAGUGACGCUAUAAUCAUUGGAGGAAAUACCGUCCGGAAAGAUAAUCCUAUAUUAAGUACAAGGCAGGAAGGAGGGCACUUUCCCGCUCGGAUUGUUAUGUCACAGUCCCUUAAUCUUCCCGAGGACGCACAACUUUGGGACACUUCCAAAUAUGAGACAAUUGUAGUAGCACAAAAAGGUGCUAGAAGAAGUUUCCAGAAGUAUCUUGCUUCCAAAGGUGUUGAAGUAGUUGAAUUUGAGGUUUUAAACCUUAGAGAUGUUAUGGAAUACUUUUAUCGCUGUGGUUAUCUUUCGCUUUUAUGGGAGUGUGGGGGAAGAUUGGCUGCACCCGCUAUUUCUUCUCGUCUUAUUCAUAAAGUGUAUGCUUUCAUUGCUCCAAAAAUAAUUGGCGGAAAGGGAGCUCCAUCUCCCGUUAGUGAACUGGGCAUGAUUCAGAUGACCCAAGCUUUCAAUUUACAUGAUGUUCAUUAUGAACAGGUUGGACCUGACAUGGUUGUUGGUGGGUUUCUUCAGCCCAUUCCUAAUUUGAUCCCAACAAUUCCAUCGUUAUCUGAAAAAACAAAGAUGGAAUUAUCAGUUAGUCCAACUGAAUCAAGCAAUAAUAUUAUAUCCUUCUACAAGACAUGGGAUGCUUACGGAUGUUUCUCAAAUUUCUCAUCUCAUCCUAUCAAAUUGCCAGAUGAAGGUGGCAACUAUUCCAUUUGGUCGAGUGUCGAGCAUUAUUACCAGGCACAUAAGUUUUAUGGUGUACAAGACCAAAUCGCGCGAGACUGUUUUGAGACCAUUAAAUCAUCAAAUUCUCCUGAAAAAGCAGCCAUAAUAGGAAGGAAGUUGCAGAAGCAAAGACCUGAUCUGGUAAGAGAUGAUUGGGAGAGCGCAAAAGCGGAUGUAAUGUACAGGGCGUUGAAAUGUAAAUUCUCAACGUACCCACACCUCAAAUCCAUUCUUUUAUCGACUGGUGGGUCUAUUCUUGUAGAAGGUUCACAAAAAGAUCUCUUUUGGGGUUGUGGACGAGAUGGGAACGGCCUGAAUUAUUUAGGGAGAUUAUUAAUGCAAUUGAGAUUGGAAUUUUCUAACAACUCUUAG